AAAGCGAAAACAGAGGGACAUUAUCGGAGCAGAGUGAAAAGCAGAGUGUUUUGGAAAAAUGGCGUUUAUUAGCAAAGCUUUCGGAGUGUUGUGUGUGGUGGCGGUGGUGGCCGCGUUGCCAGCGGACGAGAUCCGUACGUCGCGGAAUGCGAUCAACACCGAGGGUGAUUUGAUGGGCAGCAUCUACAAGGACUGUCUGCAGUCGGAUUCGGUGUCGUGUGUCAAGUACAAGAUCUUCAGCUUUUUUGACAAGGUUGUGGCCAAGCGUAGCACGUUCGCGUUGACUGACGGAGUGACCGUGGUGAAGACCCCCGGAGUUGACGGUGCGGAAGGUGCGCCCCGUGCCCUGAGCGGAGAUGAGUCGAUCGAGCAGUUGAUCCUGUCCCGCAUCCAGAACUUCCUGUCGUCGCACACCAUCAAGGUUGACCUGAAGGGAUCGGACAUCGUGAACGCCGUUACGUCGACCGGUCGUGCCAUCGAGGAUGUGUCGGAGAACCUGCUGGAGGAUGGUGAAGGUGAUGCCGCUGAAGCUCGUGGCAAGAAGAAGAAGGCCGCCAAGAUCCUGGGCCCACUGAUGCUGGCUGUUGCGCUGAAGGCCGCUGCUCUGCUCCCACUGCUGCUCGGAGCGAUUGCCCUGAUCGCCGGAAAGGCCCUGCUCAUCGGCAAGAUCGCCCUGGUCCUGUCCGCCAUCAUUGGCCUGAAGAAGCUGCUGUCCCAGGAGAAGCACGUGACCUACGAGGUCGUUGCCCACCCACACCACACUAGCAGCCACACGACCAGCCACGGUGAUGCCUACUCGCUGGGAGGAUCGUACGGAGGUGGUGCCGAAACCGGAGGAUACAGCGCCGGUGCCAGCUCUGGCCACGGAGGCUGGGGACGCGCCAUCGACGCCCAGGAUCUGGCCUACAACGCCCAGAAGCCCUAGACGAUCACACCCUCGCUGAACCUGGAAAACAAACGAUAGUCGAACACACACAUUAGUUACACGAGAUACGCAACUGAUUGCAAGUGUACUCCUUAGAGGAGUUUACCCUUAAGCCCACGAAGUACCGUCCAAUACUCGAUCAGUAGGUGCCCACGUGCCUGCCGACCUCAUUGGUUUCAUGCCUUUAUUUAUUUUAAUUUAUUUAGAAGAAUUCGUUGCUCGAUUAUCGAUAAAUUAAAUUAUUUAAAGUACCAGCUCUUUUGCAUGCGAGUAGGCGUUAGGAAUUUAAUUUAUUACAAGAAAAAAAAAAACUAAAAAUCAAACAUAGCCAACAAUUACAAGCAAAUGCAGUAAAGCAGGAAAAAUCUCAAAAAAAGGAAAUGCUACCAGAAUACGCGCAUAUUGUGUGCCCCCAGGAUCUUCUUAUUAUACACAACCAGGCAAAGACUUUCUCUCUUCUCUAAACUUUAAGAACCCCCCCUCAAAACGAAAAAGACUCUCUAUUGUACUAUAUAUUUUCUUAACCUCACAUACUCUCUCAAACGCUACCCUCCCAUCUUCAACUGCUCAACGAGUCUUUACGCACACCAAACUUACUUUUUGCUUAACUAUAAGCCGUUCCUGUUAGUUAUCUUCUCUGUGUCACGUGUUGUAGAAAUUAAUCAAAAAAAAAAAAAAAACAGAAGCGAAAAUAGCAGCCAAUAUUAGUAAAACUAAUCACCAAAAAACCCCAACACAUACACGAAUUGUGAACAACGAAAUAAAACAUGCUCAAGAUACGAUACGAAA